AUGUUUGGGGAGAAUCCAUAUGCUCAGGCGUACCAGAAGCAAUCACAGCAGCAGCACCAGAUGCCACAUCAGUUUUCGCCACAACAACACCAACAACAACAACAACACCAACAACGUUAUCCUGAUGACAUGGCAUCUAUUUCAAGACCCCCUGCAGCUACAUUUAGUAGUAACUAUAUGAGACUUCAGGGUUCACAUCCUUCACUUCAAGAACAAUUACAAAGAGAUCAGCAGCAGCAACAACAGCAGCAACAGGGCAUGAUGCCUAAUGGUUUUACAGAUGUUCCAUCUUUGGGUUAUCCGGCAACUCCACCGACACAACAUAGUUAUAUGCAAAAUAGCCCGUUGAUCCAUUCACCUCCACCGACAGCAAGUGGACUUUAUAUGCAUAAGAAUAAUUCAAGAAACCAAGUUGCUAAUAGUGGUAAUAUCACCCCUCAACAUUCGAUUCAUGGAGGUCCUCAAUAUUCUCCAAGUCAAUUUUCACAAGAUUCAGAGCAUUUUAUAAACAGUAGAUCAAGCAGUCCUCUACGUUACCAUUCACAACAACCACAACAACAUGCAUUUGGUAGUUAUGGAUCACAAGUACCUCCACCAAUGGGAUAUAAUUCUGGACAAGCAAGUCCCGUCAAAAGUAUAAGAAGUUUACAUCGAGUUCAAGCACAAGCACAAGCUCAGCAACAAGCUCAGGCUCAGCAACAAGCUCAGGCCCAGGCUAUAGCUCAGGCACAAGCCGCUCAGGCCCAAGCCCAAGCUCAAGCCCAAGCUCAGGCUCAAGCUCAGGCUCAAGCAGCACAGGCUCAAGCAGCACAGGCUCAGGCUAUAGCACAGGCUCAAGCCGCUCAAGCACAAGCACAAGCACAAGCUCAGGCACAGGCACAGGCUCAAGCACAGGCUUACAGACAAGGUAUACCGCAACAACAACCACACGCUUUUCAAGAAGCUACACAAGGUAGCAGUACAUCUUCUAGUGCGGGUUCACCUGUGCCUAAUUACAUGUAUUUCGAAAGAAGACCAGAUUUAUUGAGUAAAACUACACAGGACAAGGCUGCAGCAGCUAAACUUAAGAUUGAGAAUUUUUAUCAAUCAUCCGUGAAAUAUGCAAUUGAAAGAAACCAAAGACGUGUCGAAUUGGAGUCUCAACUAAGCAUGCAAGAUUGGUCAGAUGAAAGGCGUAAUCGUGAGUUGUCAUCUUUGGGUCGUAAGGAAUCUCAAUUUUUGAGGUUGAGAAGAACAAGAUUAUCAUUAGAUGAUUUUCAUACGGUUAAAGUUAUUGGUAAGGGUGCAUUUGGUGAAGUUAGGUUAGUACAAAAGAAGGAUACGGGUAAAAUUUAUGCAAUGAAAACACUUCUGAAAUCAGAAAUGUACAAAAAGGAUCAACUGGCUCACGUUAAGGCAGAACGUGAUGUUUUAGCAGGUAGUGAUUCGCCUUGGGUGGUUUCCCUUUAUUAUUCAUUCCAAGAUACUCAAUAUUUGUACUUGAUCAUGGAGUUUUUACCAGGUGGUGAUCUAAUGACGAUGUUGAUCAGGUGGCAAUUGUUUACCGAGGAUGUUACCAGAUUUUACAUGGCAGAAUGUAUUUUGGCUAUCGAAGCUAUUCAUAAAUUAGGGUUUAUCCAUAGAGAUAUCAAACCAGAUAACAUUUUAAUUGACAUUAGAGGUCACAUCAAACUGUCAGAUUUUGGUCUUUCCACAGGGUUCCAUAAGACUCACGAUUCAAAUUAUUACAAAAAGCUUUUACAACAAGAUGAGCAACAAUCUCAAAAUGGUGGUUUACCAAAGCCAGGCCAAUUAGGUGGUAGCGGUGAUAAUACUGGUAAUCAAAAUAAUCGUCAAACGAUGCUAGUAGAUGCUAUCCAUCUAACUAUGUCUAACAGGCAGCAGAUCCAAACAUGGAGAAAGUCCAGACGUCUAAUGGCCUAUUCUACCGUAGGGACACCUGAUUAUAUUGCACCUGAAAUUUUCUUAUAUCAAGGUUAUGGACAAGAAUGUGAUUGGUGGUCAUUGGGAGCGAUCAUGUAUGAGUGUUUGAUCGGUUGGCCACCAUUUUGUUCUGAAACUCCACAAGAAACUUACAGAAAAAUUAUGAAUUUUGAGCACACUUUACAAUUUCCUGAUGAUAUUCAUAUUUCUUACGAGGCCGAAGAUCUAAUACGUACCUUAUUAUCACAUGCCGAUCAAAGAUUAGGUCGUCAUGGAGGUGCUGAUGAGAUUAAACGUCAUGCAUUUUUUAGAGGUGUCGAUUGGGAUACCAUUCGUCAUGUGGAAGCUCCUUAUAUCCCUAAAUUGAACUCCAUUACCGAUACCAGAUUUUUCCCAACUGAUGAGUUGGAAAAUGUUCCUGAUUCACCUGCAAUGGCUCAAGCUAAUAGACAAAGGGAACAAAUGAUGAAACAAGGUAAUGGCAAUGGUAAUAAACCACCAGUCAAGGAAGAUUUACCAUUCAUUGGCUAUACUUAUUCACGUUUCGAUUAUUUAACACGCAAAAACGCUUUAUAG